UUGAGUGUAUAAGGUGGAAUUUGGAUGGAAGGAAAAAAAGCCGGUGAAAUGAGAAGUAACAUUUAGUAGGCCUGUCUGCUGAUGUACAAAGAAAUAAUAAUAUGCAUGUACUUCAAGAUAUAAGACAUUUGUGACCAAAAAUCACUAGCUACAGCAUGUUGAUCUGGUCACAACCAGAGAUUACUUGAUGGUCUACUCUUGCUUCAUCAUUUCCACAUUACAUCAUUGUAAGCCUGGAUGUCAGGAAGACCCACAUCCACAUAUCUUUUGGAGAUAAACGUUUUACAACCACAAAUCCUUGUUUUCAUCCAAAUGAUAAGGCUUUGAUCAUAUCUUCUCCGAAAAUUCUGCUGGAAGUAAUUCUAUCAAAGAGCUUAAAGAACCGGCAUUAAUUACAACGUGCUGGCUCUUUAAGUUAAGCGGUUUCCUUCUAUACAUAUUUCAAGGCAUUGUUGCUAUGGUCUCUGCCUUGCCUGGUUAUAUAGCAAUGGCAGAGCUUAAGUUUGGGGUUUCAGGUUUAGUGGCUGCUAGUGCAGGAUUGGGCCUAGUAGUGGUGCUUUUGCUCCAAUGGGUUUUCAGGAAUCGAAGAAGAGGAGGAUUGCCAGUGCCACCAGGAAGCAUGGGGUGGCCUGUGUUGGGAGAGACUCUGCAGCUCAUUUCAGCCUAUAAAACAACCAAUCCUGAGCCAUUUGUGGACAAGAGAAGGGCCUGGUAUGGUAACUUGUUCAAAACCCACUUGUUUGGGAAGCCCACAAUUUUCUCCACAGAUCCAGAAGUGAAUAAAUUCAUACUGCAAAAUGAAGGAAAGCUAUUCCAGACCAGCUAUCCAAGCUCUAUAACAAAUCUUCUAGGAAAGCAUUCCUUACUCCUUAUUAGUGGAAAUUUGCAUAAAAGAUUACAUUCCCUUACUCUGAGCUUUGCCAACUCUUCUGCUCUCAAGGACCAUCUAAUGCUUGACAUUGAGAAGCUUGUCUGCCUAACUCUGGAUGGGUGGAAUGAUCAGGUUCUCCUACAGGACGAAACCAAGAAGAUAACAUUUGAAUUAACAGUGAAGCAGAUCCUGAGCUUUGAUCCUGGGCAGUGGUCUGAGAAUCUGCGGAAAGAGUAUUUGCAGCUCAUUGAUGGAUUCUUUUCAUUGCCUCUGAGGCUGCCAUUCACAACUUAUGGCAAAGCACUAAAGGCCAGAGCCAAGGUUGCAGAAGAACUAAGAGCAGUUGUAAAGAAGAGAAGAAAUGAAUCUGAGAACAGUGAUCACUAUGACAUGUUAGCAGCUCUGCUAAAUGAAAAAAGUGAGGGCGAGAGUCUCUCAGAUGAUCAGAUAAUCGAUCUCUUAUUGUCUUUGCUGGUUGCUGGAUAUGAGACAACAUCAACCAUAAUGACUUUGGCUGUUAAGUUUCUUACCGAGACACCGAAGGCCUUGGCUGAAUUAAAGGAAGAACAUGAAACGAUUAGAAGACACAAAGUGGGAGCACAAAGGUUGGAGUGGAAUGAUUUCAAAUGCAUGAUAUUUACGCAAUGUGUUAUUAGUGAAACUCUAAGAAUUGCUAAUAUUAUCUCAGGUGUUUUUAGAAAAGCGUUAUGUGAUGUGGAAAUUAAAGAUUACACAAUCCCCAAAGAUUGGUUGGUUUUUCCUUGUUUUAGAGCAGUCCAUUUAGAUGAAGAUAAUUAUUCAAAUGAUGCUCGAAAGUUCAAUCCAUGGAGAUGGCAGGGGAAGCAACCAUCUAUCAAUGGUGGAACUUUCACACCUUUUGGAGGUGGGCCGAGAUUGUGUCCAGGCUAUGAACUAGCCAGAGUAGGAAUCUCAGUUUUUCUUCAUCACAUGGUCACUCUUUUUUGUUGGGAGGUCAUAGAGGAGGACAAACUCAUUUUCUUUCCUACUACAAGAACUGUAAAGAGAUAUCCCAUCAAGCUCACAAGAAGAGGAAGAAGAUCACCAUUAGAAAUUUGAACACGUUACUGUGAAUUAAUUUGGGUCUAUUCUAUAUGUAGAUAUGUUUUAGCUUCAUGAGAUAUUCCUUGAAUCAAGUUUUGUAUCUUGAUCAUAUGGGAUCACUACUAAAUGACCUAUCGAAGAGGAAGAUAAAAUGAUUUUGAUUUUAAGACAUUUUUCUUCUAUUGUACAUAAACAUAUAUAAUUUGUUCUUUUAGGUCACUCCUAUAUCUUUUCAUUAUUAGUUCAUUUGAUGUCAAAUGGAAAAAAAACUCUUACAAUGUUUAUAGUUUCUUAUUAUGAAAUGAUCCUAUAAGUUAUAUCA